AUGUUCGAGAAAUGGUCAAGCGAAGUCCGCAUUUGCUUUGCGAGCCGUCAUUACCCAGAGAUCAGCAUCAAGACAGGUCCCCAGCUUGUUUUAGAAAACAAACGAGAACACAGCGAGGACAUCAGCCAUUACAUCAACGCCCACCUCAAGAUUGACACCUCACCACAAGCCAAAGAGAUCGGCGCCGAAGUCCUGGUCAAGUGGUCAUACAUUUUUCUCUGGGUUGCUCUCGUAGUCCCUAUCCUAAACAAGGGUAUGAUCGUGGACGGAUGGAAGCACUCCAGUCCCGAUUGA